AUGGCGCCUGAACAGUUGGCUGGCAAGACCGCGCCGCGCCUCGUUCAAGACAUUCAGCUGUAUGAUCCAGCCCACGAUUCAGACACCGGUCUCAAUCUAUUGUCGCAGACCCCGCCUCUGUAUCCGACGAACUAUCAUGGUCCGCGGUCGUGGAUUGCACCAAACGCAUGCCAGCAUGAAUAUGUCUUGAAAUCAGACCAAACAUUUGUGGCACAGACAGCACAUCGAAGAAGACCAGGAACAUCUUCCAAAGUUUCGGCGAUGUGCUCGAAAUGCCGGUGUCAUCUGCAAGUGGUCGUAAACUACACCAGUAGCAUGCAGGCAUCCAACCAAGCCCUCAAAGAGCAGCAUUUGCACCACCUGGUCUAUAAGUCAGGACGGCAAAAGAAUGGACUCUCCAUGCCUGAGGUCACUCACCAUGGACAGACAGCAGAAACGUUCCACUAUCAAUGUUCACACGCUUCAUGUUCGGCAAUGGUCUCGUUGCGAAUCCUUUCACCCAUACUAGGUGCGGAUUAUAUCCAUCUGAUGACAGACAAAGACCUGUUGCGGAAACGAGCCGAAGAAGCAUUCGCAACGUAUCUAGAGACCAUGGAGGGCAUGGCAAAGCCAGAACCGAUCAAUUUGCUGGACAAUCUGCGGCUUUAUCUCACGAAUGCUCUCCGGAACCCGCAGCGCAGUAAGCCAAUUGCCUCGGGCAACAAGAGAUUUGUGCAUGUCUUCGGCGUUGAAGGUGCUGCGUGCAAGAGGCUGUUAGAAUUCCUGGGAUUCACUUACUUUGAAGAAUCUGGAGUGUGGCAACCACCUAGACUGCCAGCGGACGCCGAGAAACCAUAUCAAGACCCGCUUUGCUGUUUUAUCGACGACGUUGUUUUAGAGCUUCUGGCAUUGAUACAUCAGCGCCCCUCGUCUGAGAAGAGAGGAAUACAAUUUCCCAAUCUCCCGCCUUCUGCCAUCCCCGACAUAAUUUAUGCCUUGGAAGCUAACGAUUAUCCCAAAGCUGCACGGGCAGAUGAAUUUGAGAUGGCUUCGGACUCUUGCUACGAAGACCUUGGUGUGGUGGAGAGCAUGUCUGCUGGCUCCAUUGUAGAGGCAUACAAACAGCAAACAGCGGUGGACGUCCCUGAUAUGGCUCCCCACUACUUGACCUGCCUCAAGCAAAUCGCCAUUCUUCGUCGGGGAAAAGAUGACCAUAUCAUUGAAGAAGCCAUCCGUGACGCUUAUGCAAUCGGUCAAUUCUCAUCGGAAGAUGUUGACGAAGCAUACAAGUUCUUCGAUAUUGAUCCCUAUGGUCACGGCAUAACCAACACCCACAUCCUUGAACGUUUCUACAGCUACCUUGGGUCAUCCAGGCAGGAAACCCAGGCACGUCAAGAAUUGUGGCGGAUUGGCAAAAGCAGAAACAGCGAACGCCUCCUGGCUGCUUCCGAGGAUCGUGUUACCAAUGUUGAGCAGGCAAACGUCUUUUUGGGUGUUGAGAAUGGGACCCAUGAUGAUUUCGUUCUAACAAUGUACACAACCAAGAUCAACGACAAUCCAGCAACCAAGGACGUGGCGCAUAAAGCUUUGACACUAAUUGCUGAGUCUCGGAAUUCGCCUGUGCUCAAUCAUUUCCUUCUCACCGGCGAGACGCCCGCUGGUGAAAUGGACGUUAGCGAUGCCUAUCGUUUACUCCAGCUUCCCGACGGGACGGUCGAUGAUGGAGCUAUCACCGCUGGAUACACUAUCUGUGUCGAUGAUAACCCGGGCGAGGCUGACAAGUACAACCAAGCUUUGGUCAUCAUUGCCAAUCACAUCAACAGUGCUUCGCUGAAGGCCAUGGCAGGCAUCAGCACCGAGCCUGAGCGUAACAUGCGGGAUUGGCCGGUUGGCUUGCAAAACAUCGGAAACACCUGCUAUCUCAACAGUCUGCUUCAGUUCUACUUUUCAGUGCGCCCAUUCCGCGAAAUGGUGUUAGACUUUGAGAGAUUCCAAAUGGAUCUCAACGACGAAGAGAGCCUAGUCAAAAAGCAAGUGGGAUCCCGCAAGGUCACAAAGAAAGAGAUUGAGCGUUCUAUGCAGUUUUUGAGGGAACUUCGAACAUUGUACAUUGACAUGAUCACUUCUUCUCAAAACUCGGUGACACCUGGAAAAGAGCUUGCCCGUUUGACAUUGAUCAGCCCAAGCAACGAGGCGGCAAUCCGUCGCCGGUCCACAAUCACUGCCACCCGAGCCCAGAUUCUCGGCGAAAUCAACGGCAAUCCAAUUCUGGGGCCUCUUGGCCCACCACAACCCCUUCUUGGGGGGCAGGUGGAGCAAAAUGGCUCUAAUACCGCCAACUCCACAUCUUCCCAAAUCCCCACUGCCACUGAUUCUGAAACCGAUACUACUAUGGCCUCUACCAUUAGCACGGAGGAGGCUCCAAGUGUCUCUGCCGAGGGCAAAGAAAACAAUCCACCAGGAUCAGAUGACUUCGCAUCAGACCAAACAGAAAGUGGAUCAUCUCGACCCGACAUUGAAAUGGCUAUCGAUCCAACUGAUGUGACCUCGACCAACCCCGACACCUCCAAUGUACCACCACCUGUCCCGCCUCGCCCUAUUCCCGAGAUCGAUCGUGAGAAGCAGCUUAGAGAUGAGCUUGAGUAUGGCGCUCAGCAGGACGUCACCGAGGUCAUCAACAAUGUUCUCUUUCAGAGUCAGUGUGCCAUCAAGGCUCGAGGAAUAGACCAGGACGGUGAACAGAUCGAUCAAAUCAAAGAUUUGUUCUAUGGAAAGACCCGCUCCUACAUCUCCACCGAGAAGGGCACCCGGUCCAAGGACGAGCGUUGGUGUGAUAUCAAGGUUGACGUUGCCCACGGUUCCCGAGACAUUUACGACGCUAUUGACGGGGCUUUUGACGUUCAAAAGAUCAGCGUUGACAACACAGUUGCUGAACAACACGGAUCGAUUAGCCACAUUCCCCCGGUGCUCCAAAUUCAAGUCCAGCGUGUUCAGUUUGACCCUGUGAAGAAAACUUCUUUCAAAUCAACGAACCACCUCGAGCUGCUUGAAACCAUCUACAUGGAUCGUUACAUGGACACCAAGAACCCCGAAGUAGUGAGCCGGCGUGAACAGAGCUGGGCAUGGAAGGCAACUGUCAAGAAACUUGAGGACAGGCGAGAGGAACUCCUCAGGAAGAAGGAAAACGAUGGCAUGGACCGGGCGAAACUGCUGGAUGAAGCGAGAGCUGCGCUCCUGCGGCUGGAAGCCCUCGAGAAAGACAAUGUUCUCGGGUCUGAUUCUAGCGGUUUGGGAAUAGAAACAAACCUGGCAGCAGGACUCGAGAGCCUUGCUCAAGAGGCCAAAGCCGAAUUGCAUGCCGUUGAUGAACAGAUCAAGGACACCCGGACCAUGAUCGCGAGCCAAUUCGCCGAUUACCACAAUCUUCCAUAUCGUCUGUAUGCCGUGUUCGUUCAUCAUGGAUCUGUCUCAUUUGGCCAUUACUAUAUCUACAUCUUUGAUUUUGAGAAGAACAUCUGGCGGAAGUACAACGAUGAAUAUGUCACCGAAGUCCAGAACCUCGAUGAGAUCUUCAAGGGCGACUCUACCAGCAACCCACCAACUCCUUAUUUCUUGGUCUACGUUAACAGUGAUAUGAAGGAGAGAUUGGUGAGCCCCUUGUGUCGCGAACUCGAUGAACCGAUGCCCGACCAGGCGGAUCAGCCGAUAUCAACCGUGGAAGACAGCAGGGCUGCGAGCUCCAGCGAGGAUGUGAACAUGGACCCUCCUGCCUAUGACGAAGUGUCAACUUCCCGGGCCUCUUCAGGUAUGGGUCUUCCCAACUCUCCCAGCGAGAACGAUGCAAGCUGGCCUCGCACUCCAGUCAGUGGCUGA